AAGAAAAAGAGGAAGAAUAAGAAAAACAUCUUGGCGGAGUCACCGUGUUUACUGAAGUGCUACCCGGGCGGUUUUAAAUCAAACCGCUGCAAGAGUCGCUAUGGCUAGCAAGAAAAGAAGUCUUUCCUGUGACAACGGGGAGCAGGGCAGCCGGCUGGCCGCUCACAAGCAGCACAGGGCGGAUGACAAGCGACACGUAGCUGCCUUGGUUCUGGCGAGGGGAGGAAGCAAAGGUAUCCCUCAAAAAAACAUCAAAACGUUAGCCGGAAUCCCGCUGCUUGGAUGGGUGCUGAGGGCUGCUGCGGACUCCGAGGUGUUUGACAGUAUUUGGGUAUCAACUGACCAUGAUGAGAUCGAGAAAGUGGCAAAAUCCUGGGGUGCCAAGGUGCACCGCAGGAGUCCUGAAGUCUCCAAAGACUCCUCCACGUCUCUGGAAACCAUCAGUGAGUUUGUCGAGCUCAACCCAGACGUGGACGUGAUCUGUAACAUUCAGGCAACUGCCCCAUGUCUCCAUCCGUUCCAUGUGAAGAAGGCCCUGGAGAUGAUCACGGGGAAGGGCUUUGAUUCGGUCUUCUCGGUGGUCAGGAGACACCAGUUCCGCUGGCAGGAGGUCAAAAAAGGAUCUGGUGAGUUGACCACCCCGUUGAAUCUGGACCCGGCCAAGCGUCCGCGGCGUCAGGACUGGGAUGGAGAGCUGUGUGAGAACGGCUCCUUUUACUUCACCACUAGAGAGCUAGUGAAGAAGCAACUUUUGCAGGGCGGUAAGGUCGCCUACUACGAGAUGCUGCCAGAGUACAGCGUGGACAUCGAUGUGGACAUCGACUGGCCUGUGGCAGAACAGAGGGUCCUCAGGUAUGGUUACUUUGGCCGGGCCACGCCAGAGGUGGUUCGUCUGAUGUUCUGCAAUGUUUCCGGAUGUUUAACGGACGGAAGGAUCUUCCUGUCUGUGUCCGGAGAGGAGAUGGUGUCUAUCAAUGCAAGAGACACCUCGGGCAUCCGCAUGCUGCAGGGGGAACAAGUGGAGGUGGUGCUGCUGACCUCGGACCUGGACCCCGUGGCCCAGUCGCUGGCUGACAGACUGGCCAAGAGGACGGGCUGCAAGGUCAUGCAGGUGGGCAAGGAGCCCCUGGACGAUCUGAAGCCGAUUGUGGAGGAGAAGAAGCUGGAUUGGAAGGAUGUGGCAUACAUGGGUAACGACAAACAGGAUGUCAAGUGUCUGAACCUGGCAGGUAUGAGUGCAGUACCUAAAGAUGCUCCAGUGGUAGCCAUCAAUGCUGCAAAGUACACCUGCCAAAACUGUGGGGGAAUGGGAGCCAUUAGGGAGUUUGCCGAACACAUUCUCCUGCAGAAAGAAAAAGCAAAGGCGCAGAUGGAGCAGCACCAGUAAUUCAACUGUGCACAUAAAAAUUCUUUUUACAAUAUUACCUGAGACGCAAUGUAAUUUUAGAGUUAGUUUGUAGAAUUGAAGUAAUUAACUCUGUUUACGAUUUAAGUGUCACAGAAUCAAGUUUUCCUAACUUUUGUGUUGGCUCCAAAAUGUGAGAUUAUAAUGCAUGCUCUUGGGUUAUUCUCAAAAAAGAUGAAGGUUUUUACUGUACGUAUUACAACGGAAUCAGAAGUUGACCAUGCGUGGUUUAUUGUAGCACUCGGUGCUGGAGGCCGAAUUGUUCUUGGCGACCCAAAUUUCGAUCCAAAUGCACAUAACAGGACUAUCACUACCAAAACACAAGCCACUAGACUGGAAACUGCUACUCUCGUCUUAAAACAUGGACACAACACUAGACUACAACUAAAUCUAGGUGUGGAAUAGUUACUUAUGCAUUAACACUGCAUAAGUAACUAAGUAACUUUUUUUAAAGAUUUACCUGUAACUUAAGUACUUAUAGUCCUUUUGAUGCUUUAUAGUUUUUAAAUACCACCAAAUAGUGCCCCUAAAAUUAAUAUAAGAUGAUAUGAAACAGAAAACAUGUUUUUU